GGAAAAGAGAGUGAGAGUGGGAGAGAGAUGGCAGAGCACACAACAGCAAAAGUAACGUCGAUCUUCAUAUACCCGAUCAAAUCCUGUCGUGGAAUUUCUAUUUCUCAAGCAGCUCUCACAUCCACCGGAUUUCGCUGGGAUCGACAGUGGCUGGUUGUGAAUUCCAAGGGCAGGGCAUACACUCAAAGGGUGGAACCAAAGCUUGCGCUAGUUGAAGGGACUCUGCCAAAUGAGGCAUUUUCUGAGAAUUGGGAACCUACUAAAAGCUCAUAUCUGGUGAUAAAGGCCCCUGGGACGGAUGUCCUGAAGGUUUCAUUGAGUAAACCAAGUGAGAUUUCUGAUGGCGUCUCAGUAUGGGAGUGGUCGGGUUCGGCAUUUGAUGAGGGAGCUGAAGCAUCAAAAUGGUUCUCUUAUUAUCUUGGGAAACCGAGUCGGCUAGUGCGUUUCAAUGAAGUGUCAGAAACCAGGGCCGUGGACCCUAAUUAUGCACCUGGAUACAAAGUCAUGUUUUCUGACCAGUAUCCGUUCCUCCUGCUAUCCCAGGGAUCAUUGGAUGCACUGAACAAGCUUCUCAAGGAGCCUUUGACAGUAAACCGUUUUAGGCCCAAGUAUGUGUUUGGACUCGUAUCUCAUUUUUCAAGUAAAACAUGUAAGUUUGUGCUUCAAGAUAGCUACAGUGAUGUAAUCUUAGUAAUGAUUUUUAGUUUACUCUCUUUGACAGUGAUAAAGGCCCCUGGGAUGGAUGUCCUGAAGGUUCCAUUGAGUAAACCAAGUGAGAUAGCUGAUGGCGUCUCAGUAUGGGAGUGGUCGGGUUCGGCAUUUGAUGAGGGAGCUGAAGCAUCAAAAUGGUUCUCUUAUUAUCUUGGGAAACCGAGUCGGCUAGUGCGUUUCAAUGAAGCACAAGUUCUAUCACCUGAUUUAUAUUUCCCAGCAAAUGAUUCUGAUUGCAAAAAUCGUGCUCUAGUGCACACACGAGUUCUAUCACCUGAUUUAUAUUUCCCAGCAAAUGAUUCUGAUUGCAAAAAUCGUGCUCUAGUGCACAUGUCAGAAACCAGGGCCGUGGACCCUAAUUAUGCACCUGGAUACAAAGUCAUGUUUUCUGACCAGUAUCCGUUCCUCCUGCUAUCCCAGGGAUCAUUGGAUGCACUGAACAAGCUUCUCAAGGAGCCUUUGACAGUAAACCGUUUUAGGCCCAACAUCCUUGUUGAUGGUUGUGAACCAUUUUCUGAGGAUUUGUGGAAGGAGAUCAGGAUAAACAAGUUAACAUUUCUUGGUGUCAAGCUAUGUUCCCGCUGUAAGGUACCCACAAUCAAUCAAGAUACUGCAAUAGCAGGCUCGGAGCCUACUGAAACUCUCAUGAAGUUCAGGUCAGAUAAGGUCUUGCGUCCAACCCGGAAACAGCAGGGGAGGGUCUACUUUGGACAGAACUUGGUCUGCCCAGACUCCCAAAAUCAAAUGAAGGAAAAGACAAUCAAAGUGGGAGAUCCUAUUUAUGUCAUCAAGAUGGUCUCUACCUGUGUCGAUGCAGCUGCAUGA